AUGGCGCAGCCCUCCUACCGUCCCGGAGAAAACUUGUCUUUGGAUCUGAACGAGCUGUAUCAGUUCCCAGUCCAGGACUCGGCCAUUCAACUCGCCGUCCAAUCGCCAGUGGGCAUUGUUCCCUCGUCCAGCACCACUUCGCUCCAGUCGCAGGCGUCUCUGCCACCCUCCUUCCCAUCCGUUCAGAUAGGGGGUCUGACAUUAAAGAGGAUUAAGACCCGCCCUGAGAAAAAUAUCACGGUAUCCCUGUCAUUGGUGGGUCCUCACAUAGACUUCUCCUGCGUACAGUUCAGUCAAAAGCAUCUCAACAGACGCCGUCUAUGGGCGGAUGACAGGAUGCGCCUCAACAAACAAGCAAGUUGCAUCGUCAUGAGCGUCUACGUGACCACAUACUCUUUUGCGUCAACGAGUGACGGUUGGGAGAGAGCUUGCAAACGUGCCAGGGGAGAGGAACCAAUUCCUUCACGGGACGCCACAACUCCCGUCGCUCAGCUCGACGACACCGAUCCUGCCCAUCCUCGAAACGGCGGCCAAAUCCUCCCGUGUGAGCGAUGCAUCGAUCGUGAACGAAAAGAAGUGUCACGCACCAAGAAGAAGAAACCCCCGGACAAGCAGAUGCUCGAAUACGACACGGAGAGGAUCCUGGUAAUCAACGCAGCCGAGUAUACCGACGUGACCACGAACCUGGACGGCUCCAAGUGGCUCACGUUCAACAUGCGGGUUACUUGUUGCUGCGGCCAUCAGGGGGAGAAAGGGGAAGGGGGUUACGUUGCCUUUUUCACCUUCAGAACAACCGACGGUCUGCUGCUGAGCCAGUAUGUCUCGGCACUUCUACAGGUUAGUUCGAGUACGGAUCAGGACAACAGUCUGGGCUCCUCCAAGAAAGCAAUGAUACAUGCCGAUGCGCAGCGUGGUACGGACCAAGAUGCCGCCGCUGGGGGUCUCGAGAAACCGAAGAUAGCCUUCGAGGCCCAGCGCAUCUACCCCUCGGGACCCUCUAUUGACCCGGAAUCGAGUUGGAGACCCAGCAAUACUUCAAAAUCCUUCCGCCCGCGGCCGUCCACGCUUCCCCCGACGCCGCUCACGAACGACUUCUCACUCCCGCAGACCCCCAUUGCCGCGUACUCGGUCCCCCCAACGCCCGUCCGUGAAUGGUUUGUGACGCAGGACAAUCCCAUGGGACAAUUCCACCAUGCAGGGAUGGAAGGCACAACGGCACAAUUCGAUGACGCCUUCAAGGGUUCGACAGGAGAACUGUUUUAUCCAGGCACCAUGCCUGUCUUUGCAACACCAGUCAUCGGCGAUGCCUUAGCUGCCCCUGGAGUACCUAUGUCUAGCAUGUGUGGACCAAUGGGUAACGCCCUCCCUUUAGCUCAAGGUCUACAGCCAUUCACGGAUGAGAACCUCUGUCGACAAGGCCUCUGGGGUAUUCAAUCCAGUGAAGGUAGAACGGCUGCCACAUCAGCAUUGUUCAGUGUCCAGGAAUAUGACGACGCUGGACUGUGCGGUCAAGACCGACAAGCCAGUGACGGCCAAACAACUGCCACUGCAGACCUCACCGGUGGCGAUACACCUCAGUGGGCCCAAGCUUUUGCGGAGAACAAAUAUCCUCAGUGCCUCCAGCAUAUGCAGCUCGAUAACCCGGGGCCGGCCGUCACAUUGGAGUCAUUACCCAGCGAUGACUCUCAGACGAUACGAAACAUGCACCCAGCAGAACUGCAAACUCUACAGACUUCACCUCAAUCUGUUUUACAAAGUCUCGCAGACGGUGCUCAAGUCCCUGCCCUUGCAUUCGGUACUGAUACCCACGGCUGUUCCCGCUCUCGGCCUUCCCACGAACAACUCCCACGCAUACAGACUCGCGGACUGCCUUAUCCCAAUAUAAACUUGCUAAACCAACGCCGAGAGAAGCGGUCCAGCCAUCCGCACAAGACACCCGGAGUCCAACUUCAAGCUGGAGUUGCCGUGCAGCCAAACGGUGGCCAACUCACGCUUGCGAACGAUUCCUUCGAUCCGAAUCCCACAAUCUCUCAAACCGUCUUCGACAGUUCUGCCACACCGCAACCAAAUGAGCUAACCAUGUCCGGUACGGAAACGUCUCACCAGUCGAAUAGCAUUGUCUGGGCCGAUGCCAGGUUGACUCCGCAAGGUCUACCGUCAGGGAAUACAAUGCAGGCCUUUGCGCAGUCCAAUAUCCACUCUCAGGCCGAGGAUACCGCGCUGCUGGACGCUUCGACGGGUCUAUCGCAUUUUAACGGAGCGUUUACAGCUAACGCGUUAUUGUCUCCACCAUCCUCGCAGCCUGUUCCGGAGGAUCCGCAGCUUCGCGAUGCAACGACUUCUCAUCAGCUAAGUCAGACCGUGCCCGAGGGUCCAUGGCUGGCAGCACUUCCGACGGGGCCAGCUCAACAUAAUACAGCCUUUUCUUCGAGCAUGGUGUUCGCUCCGCAAGCAGCAGAGUCGACGAAUCAAUGGCAGACCUACGGAACUCAGAACGGCACACCCGCUUCCAUGGUUCCUUACGGCGAAUACGGCUCCGACGAGAUUCCGGACAGCGAUGCCGUUGUGCGGGAGGGCUGGAUUUUCCGUCAACGCAAUGCCGAUCGCUAUGUUGAGGAGCUUUAUGCCAAACGGGUCUUCGCUGAUGUAUCUAUAUUCGGCGGGGAGAUUAUUUUAGGCUGCUGGAAAGGCGAAUUUUCUUCAGCAAGCGACGUUCUGGCACGGUAUGAUGGAUUGGUCAGCGACUUCGAUAUGUGA